CAAUAAAAUAGAAGCGUCCAAUAAACACUCGAAAUUCCCUUCUGCGAUACGCAGCAAUACAACAUUUCUUCUCUCUCUCUCUCUCUUUAGCUCUCUUGUUUUCGCGUCGGAGGCGGGGGCAUUGCUCGGGUGCGGUGGAGAUGGAUCCGGACCAGUUAGCCAAAGCAUUCGUGGAGCACUACUACUCGACGUUCGAUGCGAACCGUGCGGGGCUGGUGAGCCUCUACCAGGACGAGUCGAUGCUGACCUUCGAGGGCCAGAAGACCCAAGGCUCCCAGAACAUCGUCGCCAAGCUCACUAGCCUCCCCUUCCAGCAGUGCCAGCACGGCAUCACUACUGUCGAUUGCCAGCCCUCUGGCCCCGCCGGCGGCAUGCUCGUCUUCGUCAGCGGCAACCUCCAGCUCGCCGGCGAACAGCACGCCCUCAAGUUCAGCCAGGGUUUGGUGGCACUGCUUGGUGAAUCUCGUGCUUUGUUUUUAUCCUAUUGUGCAGAUCUUCCUUAAUAGCAGUACAUUCCUCCUCCUUCAAGUGAAUCAUUAUCAGCGUCUCCCACGAUUUUUUGCCUUUGUGAUUUUCUGAACCGGAUGAUUUAUGCCAACGAUAUUGGCAUAAGAUGUGAAGGAAACACGUUGUAGUGUAUUUCUCUCGAUGAACUUCUUGUCCUUGUUGUGUAUUUUACUAAGAAUUCUGUCCAGGAAACAUGAAUGUAUUGGCAUAAAUGUCAUGAUAACGAGUGUCCUGUUUAUUGAUAAGUAAUGAGAGGUACUUUUUGUGCUUGGAAUAAAGAUACAAACCUGGGAUGAUUUCUAUC